UUUACUUUCCAAUUCGUUGAUGUACACAAUAUCGUAAAAUGCCACGUUUAUGUGGUAGAAGAAAACGGCUUGACUGGAAAAUCCUGACAGUGCUGGCACUGGUGUUUGUCACUUCUUACUUUUAUUACAAUUUCUCCAAAGUUUCCGUGAAUGAUGAAGAAAUACUGCAUCUCCGGAAUAAACGAUUUAUGAAAUACCGUGAGAAGGAGGGCAAACGCGAAGGCCUCGGCGAGAAAGGGAGAGCCGUGACGUUACAGGGAGAGGAAAAAGCAUUGGCGGAUUCUCUGUUUAAAAAGGAGGCCUUCAACAUCAUAGCCAGUGAUAAAAUAGCGCUGGACCGCUCCAUACCAGACGUUAGAGAUUCCAGAUGUCGAGAAGUGAAAUACCCAAAAGAACUGCCUACUGCCAGUGUGAUCAUCAUAUUUCAUAACGAGGCUUGGUCGCCACUUCUUAGAACCGCUCACAGUGUGGUCAACCGCUCACCACCGCAAUAUCUCCAUGAGGUCAUUCUACUGGACGAUUUCUCAGACCGCCCGGAGCUUGGCAGCAAACUCCACGAUUACGUCGCCAAGACGUGGCCGGAUGGUAUUGUGAAAAUCAUCCGUACAAAGGAGCGCAGCGGAUUAAUCAGAGCAAGAUUAGCAGGAGCCAAGGCAGCGACGGGAGACGUUCUGAUAUUUCUGGACUCCCAUUGUGAGUCCAACACUGGCUGGUUGGAGCCAAUGCUAGCUCGAAUCAAAGAAGACAGGACGGCCGUUCUGUGUCCGGAGAUCGACCUGAUCGACAAGAACACACUGCAGUACGGCGGCACCGGCUCGUUCUCUGUCGGUGGUUUCUGGUGGUCCCUUCACUUUUCAUGGCGUCCAAUUCCUGAGCAUGAACAGAAGAGGCGGUCGUCAGGCAUAGCACCGAUUAGAUCACCAACAAUGGCGGGAGGGCUUUUCGCUGCAGACAGAAAAUUCUUUUUUGAAAUUGGAGCUUAUGACCCUGGGAUGGACGUUUGGGGUGGAGAAAACCUGGAGAUUUCCUUCAGAACCUGGAUGUGUGGGGGCAAGCUGGAGUUUAUCCCCUGCUCUCGUGUUGGACACAUCUUUAGGGCCAGUCAUCCAUACACUUUCCCAGGCAAUAAAGACACACAUGGAAUUAACUCGAUGCGCUUGGCUGAAGUUUGGAUGGAUGAGUACAAGAGAUUAUUCUAUACCCACAGGAAGGACCUACUGGGCCAGGAUUACGGGGACAUAUCUGAGCGUGUGGAGCUCAGAAAGAGGCUCAACUGUAAGAGCUUCAAGUGGUUCCUGGAUAAUGUGUACCCAGAGAAAUUCAUUCCUGAUGAGAAUGUUCAUGCCUGGGGGAUGGUCCGAAAUCCUCCCAGCAACCUGUGCCUUGACACACUUCAGAAGGAUGAGAAGACGGUGUUUGAUAUGGGAAUCUACAGCUGUCAAAACGGAGCCAGUGCUAAUGAGGUGUUUUCUCUGAGCAUUAAUGAUGAACUCAGACGUGAGGAGGCAUGUCUCACGGUGGUUUCAGAGGGAGGUCGUGUCCCCCUGGAGUCCUGUACUGGGGCAGCCAAUCAAAAGUGGAAACACGAUAAGGACAAGCUGAUAAUUACGGGUACAACCUCGGGAGGACAGGUCCUCUGUCUCGACAAGAAGAACGAGAAGAACAAUGGGCAUGUGUACACAGAGAAAUGUAAUGGCAAGGAGUCCCAGAAGUGGACGUUCGAGCACUACCUGGAUAAUGUCUAGACACUUUCGGAUAAGGUCUAGAUACUUACAGAUAAUGCCAAAUUGGGUGAUACAAUUAUUUAUUAAACUCUAGAUAAGUUGGAUUACAUGUGGAUAGCUACAGAGGAUGCCAAGCAAUUAUUAUUUAGUUAAUUCUAGAUAAGUUUGAUAAUGUCUAGUUACUUACAGAUGAUAUGAAGUUUGAUGAUAUUUUUUGAAAAGUCUGGAUAAGUAAGAUAAUGUCAAGAAACAUGUAGUUACAAAAGACACAAGGCAAUCAGUAAUCAAUAAAUUCUAGAUAACUGGGAUAAAAUCUUGAAAUCUAGAAUUACAAAAAAUGCCAGGCAAAACAGUAGUUACAUAAUUGAAGAUAAUUAAGAUAAUGUCUAGAGAGUGAAAGAGGAUGCCAAAAAAAAUUAGUAAUUUUAAAAAAAUUUAUUGUCUAGAUAAUUCGGAAAGUAUGUAGAUAUAUUUUUAAGUAUUAUAUGAAAAAAGUAAUAUUCACUUUUAAAACUUAUAGUCUAGAUGAUUUGGAUAAUGUCCAGAUAAUAAUACAGAUAUUUUCAAAUUCAACUUUUGAAAAAAAAAAUAUGUACUAAAAAAAUUAUACUGAAUGACCGGGUUUUGUCAAAGAUUCCGUUUUUAGUGUGAAUUUUGAUUGAACAGAUGCUUCGAUAUAAUAGCAGUCACCAAAAGUCCAGAAAUUGUCAAGAACUUAGGGUUAUCAUAGGACUAUGCAAUUUGUGUACAUGAAAACAAGAGUUUGAAAUUUUCAACACCAAUAAUUGCAGAACGUUCCAACUAAGAUAAUUAUAAACAUAUAAGUCUAGAUGACGAGGAUCAUUUUAAAAAACAACACAAUUAAUUGAAUACACAUAAACUUUUAUAUUAUGUAAUUCCCUCAUUGAAGUGAUGUGACUUUGUUUAAUUAUUUUCCAAGAAUCUAGAGCAAAUGUUUUGUUUAUAAAUACAGAAACGAAAAAUUAAUAUCUAAUCCAUGAAUCUCAUUAUUCAUCACACUAUAUUUAUUAAAUUUUUACUGUUUCUAACGUUGAGUCUGUGAGUAUACAAUUUCUUUCAAAGAAACGAAGAACAAAUUGAUAGAAUACAUUCUGUAUACUUAAAAACAUUAUCAAAAUUAUCUAGAUUAGAUCUAAGAAAUGCAUUUCUCAUCAACAUUAUGAUGCAUUUAACUUGUUAUAUAAAUCAUCAUAGAGAGUUGAAUAACACAUACAUAUCAUAUUUAUUUUUUUCCUUCAUGAAAGUUUUACGAAAUUGCUCCAGUUGUAUACAUAAGAUAUAGACCAGACUUUCAAGUAUGCUGUGCAUCAAAAAUCUAAACUAGAUUUAGAUAGUAUUUAGAUUGUAUACUGUAUCAUAUACAGUAACAUAAUAUAUUUUUGUAUGCAAACCAAACAUCUAGGUCUAAAGGACUUUAAAACCCUGCAUAAAAUCAUCUUUUUUCAGUGUUUUUUUUUCAUAUAUGCAAGAUAAUCAAUUUAUUUCUGUCUUGCAUAUCUUGCUGAAAUGAAAUAUCCAGCUAUAAAUGAUAGUUAACAGUUCAUGACACAUUUCAGACUUCAGGUAGGUUUAUGCCAUAAAUAUGUAGCCUCUCUGUUGCUUAAAAUUUUCAUAAUUCAUUAAUUUCAUAUUUCUCUGUUGCCCACGGAUUUCCAUUCUAAACAAAUUACAAAACACCCUGCUUAUUCAUCAAUCAUACAAGUAAAUACCCGGAAGUUACGCAAAUCAGUAUGGUGUAAGUUUUUAUCUUCUACACAAAAUAUUCAAACGUUGUUAACAAAACAACUGGCAGUCAAUGAAAACUGGCUCAAAUCGUCCAAAGUCAGGACACACUUAGAACGUGAGUUCUUACGUGUAAACAAUGACCACUGCUCACGAUAAAUGAUAUUCAUAUCUGUGUGUGCAAUCCGUUUCUGCAGUAUUCGUUGAUUUAACUAUGUAUUUUUUGAUUGCUGAUAAUCCAUUCUUCACUCAUAAUAGGGUUUAAGAAAAUUUUAAUUUAUGUUGAUUAUUAACAUAUGGCUAGAUAAUUUGGACCUAUCUAGGUGGCAACGCAAGUUAUUGAAUAGUCAUUAGUAACUUUUACAGACUUAGUUUUAGUUAAAAUUUAUGGUCUAUGCCUCGCUUUCUGCAGCGUCAAACAGCUCAAUAAACAAUAGAAAAUCAAUAUCAAACUCUGUUGGUAAUUAUGAUGAUAGAAACUAUGAUUUUUUUUAAUAAUGUUUGCUACUUAUUUGUUUGUUGUUUAGUAUUAUGUGAAUGUUAAGUUGUAGUCAUUUUGCUGGUUUGUUUUUUUUUCCCGUGUAUGUACAUCUACUUAAAACUUGAAGGAUAAACAAUCAUUUUCGUUGCAUCAUAUUUUCGUUGUAAACUCUGUUUAUUUACUGACAACAAUGAAAAGAGACGAAAAAUUUUACAUUUUUUUGGUAAGAUUUACGCAAAUGAACAUAAGGAUUUUUGAAGAGUUCUGUUGAGUUACUUGUACUCUAUAAACAAGAACUUUGUAGCCCCCCGCUUUAUGUUGUCUUUCAUCCCCUCUUGCCAGCAAGAGAAUUGCAAACCUUUGACGGAUGGAAAGAGUAAACCUUUAUCUUUAAUAAUAUAUUUAAUAAUUAUUAGAUAUCUUUAUAUACAGUCGUGACACGAUGGAUAUGAAAUGAACAUUUUUGAUGUAAGUGAUUGGGUAAAAGAAAGUGGAUAAAAUACCUCUGUGUGUCAGUUAAACAUGCCUUUGGCCAAGAUUAUUUCAAAUAUGUUGCAAUUCUGUAACUGACAGUUUCGUGAUAUUUUUGAAAACUCAUGGAUGCAUAUUUCGAAUCGCACAAUGUUUAAUUGAUGUCAGAGGUUUAAGAAGUUACUUGCAUACGGUUUGGUUUGCUUGUCAUGAGCAUUUUGAAGUAUUACUUGAAGUUUUUCUCAAUUAAUUUUGGGCUUUAUUUUGUUUAUAAACUAUUUGUAUUCCUUAGGAAGAUUCUGUUCAGCUACUUUUAUUUUAUUUUAUAUUUUUUUUUUUUACGAAAAUUCAAUGCAUUCCAUUUUGUUUUGAUUUAGACUGCCUGAUACAAUAUUCAACGUAUACACAAAUUUUCAUUGUCAGUUCGAUUUGACGGUCCAAAUUUUAAAGAGAGUAAUUUGUCAAUGACAAUCGUCUAUCUGUUGAAAACUCUUUUCUUACCAGCUGUUUAUAUAUAUAUAUAU